AUGCCAGCUACACCACUGACAAGGAUGUCAACUGCAACCCGGGAUCAUGCCCAGGACAAGGCGGAUCCCAUUCUCCAUCAGGCCUGUCGCUUCGACGAAACAUCACCACAUUCUGAAUGGACCCAGACCCAGCUGCUUCCAUUGCUCCGGUCCCAUCUCCCUCACUCCUUGCCCUUGCUCCGCCGUAUCCAGCAUGAGAUCGCCCAUCCGUCCCCCACUGCAGUUAUCCUUACCACAUUCUCGGGUCCAGCCUCGUCCUCAGCCUCGUUGCCAGUCUCACCCUCAGCCUCAGGGGAGUCAAUUCCAGAACUAGUCUCUAAUCCUGGUCUAGUUUCAGUUCCAGGUCCCCGGGUCCCCGACACUGCGAAUCCUUUGGCACCUGACACCGCGGUCCCUGCAGCUCCUUCGGAUCCUGAAUCCUUCCUUCCCUGGCUGAUCGCCUACGUUGACCUUAACGCUGGUCGCGAGAAUCAAGUCAUGGUGUACUCGAGUCUUGAGCGCACCGCCUCUAUUCCCUGCACUAGCACUAGCACCUCCCCAGAAGCAUCAUCCCCAAAAGACACUUCCAGUAGUGACCGUGAUGAUAGUAACACAAUCCCCAUAACCACCCUCCCAACUCAACACCACCCCCUCCUACGCACCCAACUCCUCUCUCUGUUACACCACAUCAAACAACACCUCCUCCCCCCUUACCUCACCACCCUAUCCCAAUCCCCUUCAACCCAAACCCAACCCCAAGACCACCAACUUCCCCCUCCUCCCCCGACCGCCUUCUUAUUCGGAAACCUGCACACGGGCCUCUUCUCCACCCUCCUCAACACCAACACAUCCUACUCUCUCGCGCAGGCCACCUCACCCGCAGAUUUCAUCCCGGGGAUCAAAGUCCACCGCUUCAGUCAGCCAGCCUACGUCAAGUACCUUUUUCCCAAGGAAGUCAUCUGCCAUCAACCUCAAGACAAGGAACGACGGAACUUACCUCCCGGCUUCCACUUCAGCGAUGGCUGCAUCCCGAGAAAGAAUCUAGGACUUGUACGGUCGAGAACAGUCAUUCCUAGAUCGGAGGAGACGCUGGCAAAGUUGAGGAGUUGCGCGGUGUAUCGCGAUGGGGAUGUGACUCAGACGCCAGUUGCGUGGGCCUUCCUCGGCACGGAUGGGACUUUGGCUACGUUGCAUGUGGAAGAGGAGGUUAGGGGGUUGGGGUUGGCUGGGGUUGUGGGGAGGGAGGUGAUGAGGAGGGGGAUUGAGGAGGAUGAGGGCUUGAAUGAUGGGUGGAUGCAUUCGAAUGCGGCGGAGGAUAAUUUGGCGAGUAGGAGGGUUAUGGAGAAGUUGGGGGGGAGGGGAGGGUGGACGGUUUGUUGGUGUGUUUUGGAGGUGUAG